UUCAUAACUAAUACAUACUUACCUACCACCUCCACUUACCUCGGUUACUUGCCAUCGUCCCAUGAUUAGAAGGUAGUGUGAAGUCCUGCGUUAGACCAUCACACAGGAUUCAUCGCGUUAUCCUCGAUCGAGGCCACAAUGACAGCCAUCUAGAGAGGCACAUAGAACAUCGCGUGGAUAGGGAAGACCAAAGAGUGCAUGCAUAGUUUGGAUAUGCUGAUGCCUAUGGAUAAUAUGAGUUCAUCAACUUACGCAGGCUCGCGAGCGGCGAACCGCCCCAGCAUCCUGGAUCCCGCCCGUCCUAUUAGAGGCUUGACAAUCGCUUUCUGUCUAUGGAAGGUGCUGAUAUUCCUGGUCAUCGUCUCGUGCCCAGGACUGGGCUACGAUACCUCCACAAGCCACCUUUAUGAGUACCACGAUACCAACAGCUCUGAUGUCAUGUCAGAGGACAUCGAAGAUCUACUUCUCACCGUUCCACGAAAGUUCGUCCGGUGGGACUCUAUCUACUUCUUGCAUAUAGCUCAGCAGGGGUAUGUCUUCGAGCAAGAGUGGGCAUUUGGCUAUGGUUACACUCGAGCCUUAGCUUACCUGACUUCCGUUCUGCAAACCCUCACCGGCUUGGGAGGAGGGGUUAUAAUAGCGAUUGAGGCGAUCCUACUCUCUCACGUCGCACACUACCUCUCCGUUCUUGCGCUCUAUAGACUGUCCGUUAAUGUAUUUGGAAACGACAGUACCACGCAACGACUCAUCUGCCUGCUGUCCUCAGCUUUACAUAUAAUCUGCCCCGCCGGAGCAUUUCUUUCGGCUCCUUAUGGAGAGUCACUGUUCUCGUUCCUGAACAUAACUGGUUUCUAUCUCUACUCUUCCGCUUACUUGGAUAACAAGAAUGGCAAGCGUCUGUCCGGCGAUUUCAAAACGCUUUUGUCCGCUGUUCUGUUCUCUGCAGCAACGACUGUUCGCAGCAAUGGUAUCUUAAGCGGGAUAUUGUUCGCCUAUGACGCUUUUCUCCAGCUUCGACGGGUCGUGUCACAGAGUCUGUCAUUGAACGCCUGUGCGCACCUGCUGGUUGCGAUCGUGAGCGGUUGUAUCAUUGCUCUGGGGCUCAUUCUCCCUCAGUAUAUCGCUCACACAGCAUACUGUGGGGAUGACCCUAAUUCCCGGCCAUGGUGCCAAUGGUACGUUCCGAGUAUAUAUGGUUGGGUGCAAAGCCAUUAUUGGAAUGUGGGUUUCCUUCGGUAUUGGAGUCUCUCGAACCUUCCACUAUUUGUUCUAGCGAUGCCCAUGCUGGCUAUACUCUUUCGCUCGUCUUUCUGGGCACUUGACAUGGCUGUCCCUUUUAUUUAUCCAAGGGCUCUCAGUGGGAUUGAUCACGCUUCAUCGUCAGCUACCACCGCCUCAUUGCUCCUACGACUGGCUGCGCCUCAGGGAAUCUUGGCUUUACUGGCCCUCACCAGCUAUCACGUCCAGAUCAUCAAUCGCAUAGCUUCCGGUUAUCCACUGUGGUAUUGGUACCUUGCGUACUUGGUUUCUGGAAAUUGGGGCCAAAUCCCUCCUUCAAUUCAACACAGCCGUACGUUCACAAGUGCGGUGCAGGGCAUGGUGGCAUAUGCUUUGGUGCAGGCCACAUUAUUUGGGUCAUUUUUACCACCAGCCUGAGGUAGCGAUCCAAGCUAAGAAGAAGCCACCACAUUCUAAAUAAAUGCAUUUUCUAAUUCCGCGGCCGAUCAUAUAAAGCUGUCAAACUUUGUAUACGAAUUAUUGUCAAAUGAGAAGAACACAAAAAAAAGA